AUGGCCACGACAUCGAAAGGUGUCUCAGCCUCCUAUCCAACACACGUUGAUAUCAACGACAUUCACGCUCCUACUCACCCUGACGACCAGUACAAAUACUCUCAUGGCCUGAACGGAGUCAACCAGCCUCAAAACAAUCUCCUUGUCAAUGUCUUGCUUACGACUCUACUUCUUGUCACCAUUGUCAUCCUCGUGUAUCGAGUAGGACGACGAUUUCAAGCAGAAAGACGGCAUGUUGCUGCAGCGACAAACCCAGCCCGGCAAGCAAUAUGGGCUACGAACCGUUGGAAAUGGCUCCCUCGAUUGAAAGAACAUCUGCUAUACGCUCCCCUUUGGAGAAAUCGCCACAACUCCGAGAUUCAAAUUUCCAGUGCUAUAACGUUUGGCACACUACCUUCACGGAUGCACACAAUACUACUAUUAGGUUACUUCGCAUCCAACCUAGCAUAUUGCCUAAUCUUACCCUGGAAAAGUGCCGACGCACCGUUCCUCGUUGCAACACUGCGAGGUCGGUCCGGCACUUUGGCGGUACUGAACCUCAUCCCAACGAUCCUAUUCGCACUCCGAAACAACCCGUUCAUCUGGAUAUUUCACAUCAGCUACGACACAUUCAAUCUCUUCCAUCGGUGGCUGGCACGUAUCGUCUUCUUGGAGGUUUUGGCCCAUAUUGCGGCGUGGCUCUACAACACUUUGAGAGUCGGAGACUGGAAAGGCGCAAUGUGGAUCAUCAACCAAGCUGAAAGCUAUAAAUGGGGACUUAUGGCCUCGAUCGCGUUCUUGCUGCUAACAAUCCAAACGUGGUCUCCUUUGCGACACGCAUUCUACGAAACUUUUCUCCUUAUCCAUCGCGUUUUGGUCAUUCACGUGAUCAUUGGUGUCUAUUGGCACCUGAAGCAGCAUGCACUGCCACAGCUGUACUGGGCCUACAUCUUCAUCGCUUUUCUGGCCGCCGAAUAUGUUUUCCGGUUCUUCCGAGUCGCGUACUUCAAUACCUCCGGGCUAUUCAGAGGCCGAUCAAUCACCAAGACUACGGUGGAAGCCCUUCCAGGAGAGGCAUGCCGCUUAACCUUUCACCUCACUCGCCCUUGGACCGGGAACCCCGGGUCGCAUGUCCACGUCUACCUACCAUCGAUCUCGUUCUGGUGCUCGCAUCCAUUUUCCGUCGCUUGGAUCGAACCUCAGCCCCUAGCUACCGAAUCCGGAAAACUCCCAUCCUCUAUAGACGACCUCAAAUUCAAGACGACUAACAGUACCAUUUCUCUCGUGGUUCGUGCUCGCACCGGCAUGACGCGGUCCCUACACACGAAAGCAUCCUUCCAGCCCAACAACACUCUCACUACGUGGGGUGCAAUCGAAGGCCCCUACGGCGGGUUCAACUCUUUGGACUCAUACGGGACCGUCCUCCUCUUUGCCGGUGGCGUUGGUAUCACGCAUCAGAUCUCCUUCGUCCGCCACCUAGUAGCUGGACACGCCGGCGGCACCGCUGCCGCGCAGAAGGUCGUGCUCAUCUGGUCCAUCCGCAGUACUGACAUACUCGAGUGGACUGGACAGUGGUUGGACGAGAUCAUGGCGAUGCGCGAUCGCAAGAACGUACUCCAGGUCAUCGUCUUUGUGUCGGGCAGAAAUCCAGACCUUGACACCAAGCUCUUGCCCGAGGGUAUAAAAGUGCGACGAGGGCGGUGCAACGCCAGCGACGUGAUAGAUGCUGAAAUCCUAGACCAAGUCGGGGCGAUGGUGGUCACGGUCUGCGGGCCUGGGGCCUUUGCGGAUAUGGUGAGGGCUGCGGUGAGGCGGCGGGUGAGCGUCAAGAACAUUGACUUUGUGGAGGAAUCUUUCACCUAUUAAUGUCUAUUGAACGAUGGGAAGUACUGAACAUAUCUCUCUUGGUUACUCUUGCUACUGCUUCGAGCAAGGCAGAAUACUGAUACGAAGGCACGGGUUUCCACUUUCUUUGUAACAGCGCUGCUCCAACCACAAGAACGCUCUUUAUUUGAAUUCCGAGUUCUCAUAAGCGUAGCCACUCCACGUUGUGACUUGUAGGUUGUCUAGUAUAUAAUACCUAUACAUCCUGUUCGUAGCCAAACAGACCUCUCAC